AUGGCUGACACUACUACUGCAGAAAAGCCAAUAUCAGUUCAUUCACUUGUGUUUCGUUCACUUAAACGAACACAUGAUUUAUUUCUUGCUAAUCAAAAUACACCCAUUUUACCUGAUGAAGCGGCAGAUAGUAUAUCAAGGAAGCUUAAAGCUAAAGAUCAAUAUGGUACUGUACUUACAUUACCAAAAGGUAUGAAACCACAUGUUAAAAGUGUCGUAGGAACAAAUGAAAUAACAACUGAAAACAACAAUGAUGAUACAUCUCAUACUACAGAUGAACCAGUAAAUGAACCUCUUACAACUACAAUGACAAAUACUGAUGUAUCAUCAACAACACCAAUGAGCACUGCACUUGUUUUGGCAAAUAAACCACAACAACCAUCGAAUCAAUUACAAGCACUUGUAUCGAAAAAACCAGCAUCAGUUAUGCCUAAACCACAAUGGCAUGCUCCAUGGAAAUUAAUGCGAGUUAUUAGUGGACAUUUAGGUUGGGUACGUUGUGUUGAUGUUGAACCUGCAAAUGAAUGGUUUGUUACCGGUGCAGCUGAUCGUGUGAUUAAAAUUUGGGAUUUAGCUAGUGGUACACUUAAAUUAUCACUUACUGGUCAUGUAUCUACGGUACGUGGUGUUGCUGUUAGUACUCGACAACCUUAUUUAUUUUCCUGUGGUGAAGAUAAACAAGUUAAAUGUUGGGAUCUUGAAUGCAAUAAAGUUAUUCGUCAUUAUCAUGGACAUUUAAGUGCUAUUUAUGCACUUUCACUUCAUCCAACACUUGAUAUUCUUGUUAGUUGUGGUCGAGAUUCUGUAGCCCGAGUAUGGGAUAUGCGUACAAAAGCUCAAAUACAUUGUCUAACAGGACAUACAAAUACGGUAGCUGAUGUUAAAACACAAGCAGCAGAUCCAGAAGUUGUUACUGGUAGUCAUGAUAGUACAAUACGUUUUUGGGAUCUUGCUGCUGGACGAACUUAUUGUACAUUAACACAUCAUAAGAAAAGUGUUCGUUCUCUUGCUGUUCAUCCAAAAUGGUAUACAAUGGCAUCAGCUUCACCAGAUAAUAUCAAAGAAUGGAAAUUUCCGAAAGGUGAAUUUAUUCAAAAUUUAAGUGGUCAUAAUGCAAUUGUUAAUUCAUUGGCUGCUAAUGCGGAUAAUGUACUUGUUUCGGGUGCGGAUAAUGGUUCAUUAUAUUUUUGGGAUUGGAAAACUGGUUAUAAUUUUCAACGUCUUCAAACCAUUCCACAACCAGGUUCAAUCGAUCCUGAAAUGGGUAUUUAUGCCAUGACAUUUGAUCACAGUGGUAGUCGAUUAAUUACAUGUGAAGCUGAUAAAACAAUUAAAAUCUAUAAAGAAGAUGAAACAGCGACUGAACAAACUCAUCCUGUUGAUUGGGCACCGAAUAUUUUCAAACGAAAAAGAUAUUAA